AUGUGUGGCAUAUUCGGAUACAUCAACUACCUUGUUGAGAAGGAUCGCAAAACCAUCAUCCAGACUCUCGUGAAUGGCCUCGCCCGCCUGGAGUAUCGAGGCUACGACUCCGCCGGGCUCGCAGUGGAUGGAGAUAAGAAAAAUGAAGUCUUCGCUUUCAAGGAAGUUGGCAAGGUAGCCAAAUUGAAAGAGCUCAUUGCCGAGAUAAAACCAGACAUGACCAAGGUCUUUGACAGUCAUGCUGGAAUCGCCCAUACUCGUUGGGCUACACAUGGGCCGCCCUCGCGGACCAAUUGCCAUCCACAUCGUUCUGACCCAAGCUGGCAAUUUUCAGUUGUUCAUAACGGGAUCAUAACUAACUACAAGGAGCUUCGUGUUCUUUUGGAGGGCAAGGGCUUCAAGUUCGAGACCGAGACAGACACGGAGUGCAUUGCCAAGCUUGCGAAAUAUCUCUAUGAUCAGCAUCCGGACAUUGAGUUCCUUGUACUGGCCAAGGCUGUCAUUAAGGAGCUCCAGGGAGCCUUCGGCCUCUUGCUGACAUCUGUGCAUUAUCCGCACGAAGUCCUUGCCGCUCGCAAAGGCUCUCCCUUGGUGGUUGGCGUGCGAACCCAAAAGAAGAUGAAGGUUGAUUUCGUUGACGUAGAAUACGCCGAGGACGGACCCUUGCCUGCGGAGCAAGCUUCACAGAACGUAGCAGUCAAGAAAGCUUCAGCUAACCUGCUUGCACCGCCUGAUAAGUCACUCCUUCACCGAUCGCAGUCCCGCGCUUUCCUGUCAGACGAUGGCCAGCCAAUCCCAACAGAGUUCUUUUUAUCCUCUGACCCUGCCGCAAUUGUUGAGCACACGAAGAAAGUUCUCUAUUUGGAGGACGAUGACAUUGCGCACAUUCACGAUGGGUCGCUCAACAUCCACCGCCUAAAUAAAAAUGAUGGUGCCUCCAAUGUGCGAGCUAUCCAAACACUUGAAUUAGAGUUGCAGGAAAUCAUGAAGGGGAAGUUUGACCACUUCAUGCAAAAGGAAAUUUUCGAGCAGCCAGAAUCUGUCAUCAACACCAUGCGAGGACGGCUUGAUGUUGCAAACAAAACCGUGACCUUGGGAGGUCUGAAACAGUACAUUAGCACGAUUCGACGAUGCCGGAGACUGAUCUUCAUAGCUUGCGGGACCAGCUAUCAUUCUUGUAUGGCCGUCCGAGGAGCGUUCGAGGAACUUACAGAAAUUCCAAUCGCAGUGGAACUAGCCUCGGACUUUCUGGACCGGAAAGCUCCAGUAUUCCGCGAUGAUACUUGUGUUUUCGUUUCCCAGUCGGGUGAGACAGCGGAUUCUUUACUGGCCCUCCGCUACUGCCUUGAGCGUGGCGCGCUUACGGUGGGCAUUGUCAACGUCGUUGGCUCAUCUAUCUCCCUUCUUACUCACUGCGGAGUGCACAUUAAUGCUGGCCCUGAAAUUGGCGUGGCAUCAACUAAAGCGUACACUUCUCAAUUUGUAGCUAUGAUGAUGUUUGCUCUUUCCCUUAGCGAGGACCGUGCUUCAAAGCAAAAGCGACGGGAGGAUAUCAUGAAUGGGUUGGCUCUUGUCUCGGACCAGUUCAAGCAGAUUCUCAAGCUCAAUGACCCGGUGAAAGCAAUGUGUGCCAAAUUUUUCAAAAAUCAGAAAAGCUUGCUUCUUCUUGGGCGUGGCAGUCAAUUUUCGACUGCAUUGGAAGGUGCUCUGAAAAUAAAGGAAAUAUCCUAUCUACAUUGUGAAGCCGUCAUGUCUGGAGAACUGAAACACGGUGUUCUUGCAUUGGUGGAUGAGAACCUUCCAAUCAUCAUGAUUCUUACUCGCGAUGACCUCUUUGCGAAGUCUCUUAACGCGUAUCAGCAGGUGGUUGCUCGCAGUGGACGGCCCAUUGUCAUUUGCAAUCCUAAUGACGACGAGUUCCCAUCAGAGCAGACAGAGAAAAUCGAAAUUCCGAAGACCGUCGACUGUCUGCAAGGAUUGCUCAAUGUCAUUCCACUUCAGCUGAUCGCUUACUGGCUCGCUGUAGGCGAGGGUCUCAACGUUGACUUCCCACGCAAUCUCGCAAAAUCGGUGACAGUCGAAUGA